AUGACCCGAGUGCGGCCACCCGAAAGAUCAGCAGCGAGUCGUCACAUGUCGUUACCUCCUCGCGCCUUGAAGCUGCCGAGCGCGCUGCCGUGGCGUCUCACUCGCGCAGUGUCCACUGUCGUCAAGGACGAAGUGCGUAAAUUCAAUGCCGUGGCCUCUGAUUGGUGGGCGCCUAACAGCACGACCGGCGUGGGACUUCUGCAUCAGAUAAAUCCUGUGCGUGUCAAGUACAUUCGAGGCCACACAGUCGAGCACUUUGGACACUCAACGGACGGCGAUCCCGCGCCGUUGCGUGGACUAAACGUGGCUGAUAUCGGCUGUGGUGGAGGUAUCCUGUCCGAAGCAUUGUGUCGCAUUGGAGGCACAAUGGUGUCUGUUGACCCGGGGGAAGACAACAUCACGGCAGCGAGACAACAUGCUGCAAUGAGUCGGCACACGAGCAGGAUUGAUUACCGUCUCUGCACGUCAGAUGAUCUAGUAGCACAAGGAGAGCAGUUUGACGUCGUGUGCUCGCUGGAAGUUGUCGAGCAUGUGGCCAAUGUGCCGGCGUUCUUGCACUCGCUCACACCCUUGGUCAAGCCGGGUGGUCUGCUCUUCAUAUCGUCGAUCAACCGUACGCUGCUGUCAGCUGCGCUUGCUAUCGGAGCUGCGGAAUACGUGAUGCGAGUCAUCCCACCAGGGACGCACGACUGGAACAAGUUUGUCCAGCCCGAGGAGAUUGAGGCAGAAUUGAGGAAAGAUGGUCUGACCGUGCAGGACGUGUCAGGAAUCGUGGGUGAUCCGAUCUUUCGAAGCUGGCGUAUACAUCCGACGUGCACCGAUGUCAACUACAUCAUGUGCGCGUCCAAACCGCCAAAGUAA